AUGGGGAACCCCGGCGGAAAAUUGUUCGAUCUUCCGGUUGAUAGCCAGUGCGAGAAUGGGCCUGACAUAGCUUUAAUUUUGGAUGUAAGUGGAAUUGUGAAAGACAUUGACUUGUGGAUGGUACGAUAUUUUGUCAAAGCGGUCACUGGCCAGAUCUUUAAUUUAUGUCCAAAACUUAAUACUGCGAUAGUGUCAUUCGGCGAAGAAGCCACUGUGGUAAAAAACUUUUCCAAAAUAUUCAGUUUACCUGAAUUUUCCAAAGUAUUGGAUCUUCUUACGCCUUUACAAGGCGACAGAACAAUGACAUACAAAGGUUUAAGAGUGACUUCAGAGAGAGUGUUUCCAUUUUCUCGGAAGAACGUUUCGAAAAUUGCAAUUUUGAUUACUCAUGGGGAGAAUACGCCACCUUAUACUCCAGAUGAAGCCGCGCGGGAAUUAAUAGAAACAGGUGUUCGCCUUUUUGGUGUCGACGUGGCUUUUUAUGCACGGCACCAUGGGGGGCUUCAACGAAUUACAGAGAAAAGAGGAGACGUGAUUUAUUUGGAAGUGUUCCAUUACAUUUUUGACUAUGUUGAUACCAUGGUGAGCAAGAUUAUCGCGGCUGUUGCCAGUAUAUUCAAAGUUGUUGGACAAUCCAUCAAUUCGAAUGGCAAAGGGUUCUGUAUCUUUUUUCGCAACGUGACUGGUUGGCCUCUCCCAAAAGUCAAGUGGUUCAUGAAUGGCAUGGAAGUCAGAGAUGGGGAUCUUAACCUUUCAGUCUCCCUUCAGGAAGAAAAACGGGCAGAAAAUAUUAAUUCAUCAUUGCACUUUUCUGAAUUGGACAAGCUUCACGGGGCGUACUUUACCUGUGAAGCCAAGAACAAGUUUUUCACAAGGAGGCGUAAUAUUCAAGUAUCAGUCACAUGUCCACCAACUCUUCCAGAGCUUACUACAAGAUAUCGUCAAAUUAAAUCAGGCUUGUCAAAUGCCACAUUAAAAUGUCAUGCGAACGGCCUGGAUUAUAACAAAUUGCAUUUCUACCACUGGCAAUGGAGGUUUCAAGGUCGUGUCAUAAGAAAAAUGGAAUAUAUAAUACUAUCGCCUCCAAAAAUUCUGAGUUCGAAAUCAACCGACUGUGGAAGUGCAAUAACAGUUGAGUGGAGUGCCCCACCCAUAACAGGGCCUGGAGUCAAUUCUAUCUUUGGUUAUGAACUUACACUUAGAUCAGCAAGCGGAAAGUCGAGAUGGAACUAUAGUGUCCCAAGGGAAGUAAUGUCAUACACAUUUAUCGGACUUCAGAUAAACACAGUCUAUGAAUUCAAUAUCCGCGCUAAAUAUUCCGAUGGCUCAUCAUCAGUUAGUCAUUGGGCCAAAGAAGUUUUGAUAACUACAUCAGGUAAGCUAGGGAUUUGCAUUGCAGGUGUUCCAGGUCCGUUUCUUGUAAACGCGGUUCCCUUUGGAUGCAGUGCUAAACUUUCGUGGAAUGCUUCCUUCUCCAACGGCUGCCCGAUAACACGAUAUACAAUUCACUACAGAGACAAAAGGAGUGGGUGGAAUAUGAUCAACUUGAAAAGGUCAAACGUGAGCGGGUAUCGUCUCUUGUUAAAUUGCAGCAAAAAUUACGACAUCAUGGUUAUUGCCUGGAAUCAACAGGGACAUAACCAUUACAGUGAAAAGUCUCUGGAGUCCAUACGAACGGAACGUGGAGUACCUUUUAAACCAUCGAUUACAAAAGUUGAACCAAAGGAAUGCGGGGAAGUGGAAGUAAGUUGGGGGCCAUCGUCUCUUGAUUCUGGCGGAGGUUCAGUGUCGGAUUUCCAAGUUCAGAUGAGAAAGCAAGGUGGUAACUGGCGUAACUGUAGUAACUUCCUGCCGAAUAACACAUGUUCAUUCCAUGGUUUGCUAAUCGAUAAGAAUGACACCCGCAUCGAUGUUCGCCUCAGAGCUGCUAAUAAGAAGGGGUUUAGUGAGUGGACGAACGAUACAGCUCCCAUUAGUUUCGGUCGACCUGACCCUCCGGAGAUUGAAUCCAAAGGUUCAAUAGUUCCUGGAAGGAAUGUAACUAUAACUUGGAGCGCCCCCGAAGAUAACAAUUGCUAUAUUUUCAUGUACUCCGUUCACUUCAGAGUAGUACAACCUCUUGUAAAGAGCUGGAGCCAAAUAAACAUCUCGGGAGUUACCAGUUAUCAACUGCAGCUUCAAUACAGCAAACAAUACGAAUUCAUCAUUGCGGCUUGGAGUACGCUGGGACGAAGCGAAAAUAGCGCAGCCUGGAAAGUGAGAACAGCACAAGAUGUUCCAUAUCAGCCAACCUUACAUCCUCUAAUUUUGGAAGAGUGUAACUCCAUCAACGUAACGUGGAGUCCACCAAUUCCUGGGGCAUUAGGAGAUCCAGUAAUCGGCUACUUAGCGCAGAUAACAAGGGCUGGUCCCAUAGAAGAUUGGAUUAAUUGCACAUCCUAUGCCAUCGCUAAGCCUUAUACAUGUCUGUUUGCACAUCUGGAGACUCAUACUAGGUAUCUAGUGAGAGUAAUUGCAGAAAAUAGACUUGGAUACAGUCUUCCAUCCGACAUUGUAGAGAUCUUCACAAAUCGAGCAGACCGUCCUGGUUCACCUGAAAUAUUUGACCGGAAAGUAUCAGGAUGUAAUAUUACACUAGAGUGGACCUCACCAAAAUCCACUGGCUGCCCGAUACUCUUUUACACGAUCAGCUACAGGAAAAAAGGACUAAACGAUGAUGACACUUGGAUCAAUUUUAGACAACAAGACAAAAGGACGGUCAGAGAUGUUCAUGUCUUGGAGCAGUGCGAAAUCCAUCCAUUAAGAACAGAAUUUGUCGAGGACCUAGGUGAGGGAGCAUUUGGGAAGGUUCAUAAGGCAACGCUCAAGAACGGAUUGGAUUACUUAAAAAACGGUGAUGACUUUAUUGGAAAGGCUAAGAGAGAAAUGAUUGUGGCCGUAAAAGAACUGCAUGAAAACGCUGAUGAAGAGCAGAGAAGGCAAUUCCUGGAUGAAAUAGACCUGAUGAAGCAAGUCGGUAAAUAUCGGAAUGUUUUAAGCUUCCUCGGCUGUUGGACCACGACCGAACCUUUUUUCCUUGUUAUCGAGUACGUGGCUCACGGUGACUUGCUUCAUUGGCUUCGAGGCAAGCGGACUCAGAUCAACGGCUUGGCUGGCAGCACAGCAAAAGAAAACAAUCUUUACGAAGGAUCUAGGACUGCUCUGUUUGGCUCAUUCAAUUAUCAGACCGACACUGAGAGUGACCGGAAGGGAGAAAUACCAGAACUCAAUCCAGAAGCUUUCUAUCCUAAUGAUGGCCCAGGUCAACCUGGAAUCGAUGAAUGUAAAAUACCACUGGUCGUUUUGCCAACUGUGGGAGAGGAGGCAGACGAAAGGCCCGGCAAGACAGAUGAAGAGUGUAGUACUGAUUGCGAGUCCUUCAUUCCAGCUGAUCUUCUGUCAUUUGCAUGGCAGAUAGCAGGAGGCAUGACUUAUCUUUCCGAGAAAGGCCUCGUUCAUAGAGAUCUUGCGGCAAGGAAUGUCCUUGUCGGGCACGGUAAAAAGCUCAAGAUUGCAGACUUUGGUUUGAUGCGAGAAGUGUAUCAUGAGGUAUAUGAGGUGCAGAAGCAGAAGAAACUGCCAGUUAAAUGGAUGGCACCUGAGUCACUUUACGAACAGAUAUUUACUUCAAAAAGCGAUGUCUGGUCGUAUGGAGUUGUUCUGUGGGAAAUUGCAACUGUUGGAGGCUCACCUUAUCCAAUCUUGACAAAUAAAGAGCUCAUGAGAUUGAUACAGACUGGUUACCGGAUGGAGAAACCUGAACUGUGUUCAGAUCAUGUUUAUUCUUUGAUGUUGGACUGUUGGAAACAAGAUUUAAAUGAAAGGCCGAGUUUCCAGGAACUGGUUGGAAGGCUGGAAAGGCUGAUGCAUCAGGAAGUUGAAUACUUUGAUUUUGACAAAGUUGACGAGUCGAAAGACUAUUAUCUUGUGCAAGAUGUCAAGACGAAUGAAGAUGACGUGGAUGGAGUUGACGAGUUAUAAAAUAACAACAACAUGAAUAAUGCCUUCAAAACAAUUAUUGGAUUUAUGUGUCCAUUUUAUAACUUAACUUAACAAAAUGAUAUUGUAAGCAAUCUUAAGUACUCGUAUCUACAGCAGGUUUUGAAAAGAAGGAGGAUGAUAAACUUUUUAUUUCGGUCUGAGAAUGUCAGAAACUAUUGUUCAAAAGGAACUAAAACAACCAAUAUAUGCUUAGACGACAAGGUUUCCGAAAAGCCUUGAUUGUGAUAUCAAUAAGCUAGUAUAAGUACACAAUCCCCUGGUUUUCCUGACAAGGCCUUCGUAACGGGACACUAUACUGAAACUUAAAUACAUCAAUUAGAAAUUUAGCAUUCAAAAUGCGACACAAAUUGAUUAAUA